AUGUCUGGAAUCUACAGGUGUCUAUUGGUGUCAGUUUAAACUGUUGAGAAUAUCUCUUCAGAUUAGGUGGUGGAAGUGGAUUCUUUGUUAAUGGAUUUAUAUUUGUGGAGUGAUCCUUGUGCUGAGAAGCAAACUGGUUUUUAGGUGGGUUUAAUUGCAUUAUCAAAGGUUUUCAUUUAGCAGUUAAACAAAAUUUAUUAAUAAAUUAUCUUAAGUAAUGAUAAACUGAGUAUGUUUACUAAUAAUAAGGGAUUAUUUUAAGAAACUCAAGAGUUAUGA